CGCCAAGCAGCUGGAGAUGCAGAACAAGCUGUGGGUGAAGGAUGAGAAGCUGAAGCAGCUGAAGGCCAUCGUAUCAGAGAGUAACAGCAGCGCCACCUCAGAGCAGCAGCGUCCCCCACCACCCCCAGACAAGCCCCAGAGGAACUCCCGGGAGAAGGACCAGCCUCGCGCCCCUGAGAAGAGAUCUCGCUCGCCACUGCCCACUCCCUCCUGCUACCACCACCAGGUCAGCACAGCUCAGUACCACCUCCUCCCACCCUCCUCCUCCGCUGGUAGUCUCUCAGUAGCCUCCGUCAUCUCUGAGUGGGAGCAGAGGUUCCCCAUAGGUAGGGACCCCCCCGGGACACCCGGAGCGUACGGAGGAACGACCCCAUACGGAAGCAGCAGUGUGGGCCGCAGGAGAGGCCAGCGAUGGGCCCCUGAGACAGAGGCCCCGGGCCCCAGCCACACGUACGGGCUAGACCUAGAGUCAAGCUCAAGGGGAGAUGUGUUCAGAACGAGAGGUGGAGGACAAGCCGUGCAGUUCAAGACAUCGAAACGCUUAGACAGGAAUGCCCAACUGCUUCAAGUCGUAAGAGGAGGUCAUCGGGAGACGGGCCAGGACAACAUGAUGGGAACAAGAUGGACUGGAACGACAGAGAGAACAGGGCACAGUGGCAAGCACAAGCUCAGGUCUUGGUCUCCAGAAUAGCUAUCAGAAACGCAGGAAGUAGGAACUGGACAGAUCAUCUUUUUCUAUGUUGGAAUCGUCUUGUGUAUUGGACUAGUGAACUAACCAUCACUUUAAACUAGGCAUCUUUUUUAAAAGUCAAGCUUUUUAUAUAACUGUUUUUCUAGACAAGUGAUGAUCAGGACCUGAGUUGUAUCUAAUCAUGACCGUAGCUUAAG